AUGGGGAGGAAGAAGAAGGCUACUGCUCCGGUAAUUUCUCCGGUGGCUUCGGAAGAUGAUUCUCGGACGAUUCCUGCUUCUUGUGAUAACAUUCAAGGCAAUACUGAUGCUCGAAAUGGAAACCCAGAUGAUUCCAGUUCUGCGCUGAUUGAAGAUGAUGAUGAACUCAUUCACUCAGAUCUAGUGCAUCCUUCGGCUGGUAUGAUCCCUAAGAAACUCCAUAGAGUCAUAAUUGCACUAAAUCGUGAGCUGGGCUUAACCUGGAAUGGUCGAUUGAAUGAACAAAAUUGCACGGACUCUGUUUUCUCACAAUCCCCUGCUGUUGUCCCUGUUGUGACUGAACCAAGUAAUGGAAAUUCUAAUAACUGCGAUGCUAGUGCUCAUGUGAUUGUAGACCCUGUUGUUACUCUUCCUGCUGACCCUUGGAAAAACUUAUUUGUUGGUUCGAAAAUGGCUUCGAAGGGGGCUGAGCUUGGAUUUAUUAAUCCUCUUGUUAAAGAUGGUAGGAAAGUGGCUCAACUCCAGCAGAAGGAGUUGGAUUCUAUGGCUGAUAAGUGGCAGGCUGCAAUAGUCAUGUAUGUGGUGGGUGAAUCCCCCACUAUUGCUUCUGUUAAGAGGUUUAUGGCUGCUGUGUGGAGCAAUGUGACACAACCACAGGUCUUCUACCAUGAUGAGGGUUACUUCAUCCUUAAGUUUGCUAAUGUAGAGGACAAAAACACUAUAGUUGUUGGUGGACCCUAUACCUUCUAUGGUAAACCUGUCAUUAUUAAGCCUUGGGUAGCAAAUUUCAAUUUCUAUGAAGAAGUUCUUAAGGUUAUUCCAUUGUGGGUGAAAUUUCCUAACCUUCCUCUCAACUGUUGGGGUAGUGAUUCUCUUAGCAGGAUCAGUAGCUUGCUUGGAGUUCCUUUGUUUGCAGAUGGGUGCACAACAAGGCAAGAAAGGGUUUCCUUUGCUAGAGUACUGAUUGAAAUGGAUGUCACUAAUCCAUUACCUGAUCAUGUUUGGAUAGAGGAUACUACUGGGAAAGCUUUUAAGCAACCAGUGUCAUAUGAUUGGAAGCCACAAUUCUGUAAACCUUGCAAUGUAGUGGGUCAUGACUGUGAUAAACUACAAAAGGCUAAACCUGUCAAACCAGCUGUGAAGAAAGUUUGGGUGCCAAAGCAGAUGCAACAGGCUGAACAACCACAGGUUGUUAGUACCAAUGCCCAUACACCACCCCACACUCAAGUUGUUCCACAAGCUAGUGGAAAUGUUGACUGGCAGAUUGUAACCAGAAGGACCAAAGGGCCUUCUAGAAUGAGAAACAUGAGUCCUAGUAAUCCAUUCACUGUUCUUUCAAGUGAUCUGGGGUUCAAAGAAAUAACUGAUGGGGAUAUGAGUGAAGUUGGAGAUGACCACACUGUUACUCAAGCACCUAAUCAUGAAGAAGCCUUAAUUGAAACUAGAGUUAAAGAAACAAAGUUCAAGCAAAUUUCUAGUAAGUUUGGUAGAUACUGGAGCUGGGGAGAAAACUAUAAAGAUAACCCUAGGGGCAGGAUUUGGUUAGGUUGGCAGCACCUUGAGGUGGAUUUGUCUAUUCUAACAUGCCAUGAGCAGUUUAUUCACUGUGUGGUUAGGGAUAGAACUGGGUGUGUUUAUUUGUACUUCACUGCAGUGUAUGGACUGCAUACUAUUGAGGAUAGGAAAAGUUUAUGGUCAGCUCUGUUACAGAUUCAAGCCAGUGUUGGGGCAUAUCCAUGGAUAUUGUCAGGUGACUUUAACACUAUAUUGGCUGAUGGGGAUAGAAUAAAUGGAUGUCCUGUUACAGCUGCUGAAACUUGUGAUUUUAACAACUUUGUUGUUUCUGCUGGAUUGUGUGUUCUGCAGAGUGUUGGGGUUAUUUUUCCUGGCAUAAAGGGGCUGUAUUUAAACUUUUCUAUCUCUGAUCAUGUGCCUUUAAUGAUCUCUUGCUUACCUGAAGUUCCAGAAGGGGGUAAACCUUUUAGAUUCUUGAAUUUUCUUGCUGAUCAUACACAGUUUGCACCACUGGUGAAAGAAGUUUUGGAUUCUCCUGGUGCUGGUACAUGUAUGUUCCAACUUUGGUGUAAACUGAAACAGGUGAAGUGUAAGUUGAAGAGUCUCCAUAGGGAGGAAUUUGCUGGUAUUGCUGAGAAGAUUGACAAAGCUAGAACCUUGUUGGCAUCUGUACAACAAGAUUUGGUCACUGCUCCUACCACUGAGUUGCACCUGCAAGAAAUUGAGUGUAUUGCUGACUUGAGGAAACGGCUCAAAGUAGAUGAGAUUGCUCUAAGGCAAAAAUCUAGAAUUCAGUGGUUGCAGGUGGGGGACUCUAAUCACCACUAUUUCUUCUCAUCACUGAAAGAAAGAAACAGAGUAAAUAGGAUUUCUAUCCUAUAUGAUGCUAAUGGCAACAAAUUAGUUGAUGAUGAGGCUAUUCAUAAGGAAGUUAUCUCUUUCUAUAAAGCUUUGCUUGGCUCUUCUGCUCCUUCUCUCCCUUCUGUGCACUUACCUACUUUGAGAAAAGGGCCAACACUUAGUGUUUCUGCUAAGAGGUGGCUGAUUAGACAGGUUACUAAUGAUGAAAUUGAUCUAGCCCUGAAAGCUAUUGGAGAUGAUAAAGCUUCUGGUCUGGAUGGUCUCAAUGCUGUUUUCUUUAAGAAGUCUUGGCAUAUAAUCAAGGAGGAUGUUUAUAGAGCAGUAAAGGAGUUGUUCUUGUCUAACACUAUGUUACCUCAGUUCAACACUACAUCCAUCACUCUUGUUCCCAAAGUUCUUAACCCUACUUUGGUUAAAGACUUUAGACCUAUUGCUUGCUGCAAUGUGGUCUACAAGUUGGUUUCUAAAGUGUUAACCACUAGAAUGCAAGCUGUGAUUAGUGAAGUUGUGAAUGAAUCUCAAUCAGGGUAUAUUCCUGGAAGACAGAUUGCAGAUAAUAUCUUGUUGGCUACUGAGCUAAUAAAAGGUUACACUAGGGCUCAUGUCUCCCCCAGAUGCAUGCUGAAAGUUGAUUUAAAAAAAGCUUAUGAUUCUAUUGAGUUGCCCUUCUUGAAAGAUGUAAUGUUGGGACUUGGCUUUCCUGAGUGUUUUGUUGGAUGGGUAAUGGCUUGCAUUACUACUGUUUCCUACAGUAUUCUGAUUAAUGGCUCCCCUACUCUCCCCUUUAGAGCUAGGAAAGGUUUGAGACAAGGUGACCCAAUGUCACCUUUUCUGUUUGCUUUGGGAAUGGAGUAUCUUACCAGACACCUCCAGCACUUGCAAUCUCUCCCUGAUUUCAAUUUCCACCCAAGAUGUGAGAAGCUUGCUAUCACACAUCUGAUGUUUGCUGAUGACUUGCUAAUGUUUGCAAGAGCUGACCCCCAUUCUGUCUUGAUGUUGUUUGAUGCUUUUUCUAAGUUUUCUAAAGCUUCUGGUUUGGAAGCUAACUUGGACAAAAGUAAUAUUUAUAUAGGUGGGGUUAAUGCUUCAGAAAGGAGAGAAAUAUUUGACUUGGUUCAUAUCCCUGAAGGCCAGUUCCCUUUCAGAUACUUGGGUGUACCUCUGUCUACAAAGAAGCUGGUCUAUAAUCAGUGCAGGCCUCUGAUUGAUAAAGUCAUUAGUAGGGCUAAAACUUGGACAGCUAGGAAUCUUUCCUAUGCUGGUCAUACUGACCCAUCUAGGAAGUCAUUAGUUGCCUGGCAUAGCUUAUGUCUUCCUAGAAGUGCAGGUGGGUGGAACCUUAAGGAAAUGAGCUUGUGGAACAAAGCUGUUGUCUCUAAGCUGUUAUGGGCUCUUACUCAUAAAAAGGACAAGCUGUGGUGUAGAUGGAUUCUCACCUCUCACCAACAUGUUGUUGCUGUUGGAGGGUGGGAUGCAGUGUGUAAGAAGGGCAGAUUCUCUAUCAAAGCUAUGUACCAGGCCUUAAUGGGGGAUCAAGUGAAAGUUCCUUGGAGGAGAGUUGUUUGUAAUAAUUCAGCCACUCCUAAAAGCUUAUUCAUUACUUGGCUAGUGUUAUGGAACAGGUUGCCAACAAAAGAUAGACUACUUCAGUGGAAAGUAGUGACUGAUGAUCUUUGCCCCUUAUGCUCAAAAUGCCCUGAAUCUGUUUCUCAUCUCUUUUUCCACUGUGAGUUUGCUGCUGGUAUUUGGCAAUCAGUGUUAGACAGUUUACAUUUUGCCAGAAGACCUUCUAACUUUGAUCAUGAGCUGAUUUGGAUUCUGAAGGCUACAAAGAGGAAUGGAGAUAGACAUAAGCUGCUGCUUAUGUACUUUGCUGAAUGUGUGUAUGGCAUCUGGAUUCAGAGAAAUGAGAUGGUGUUUAAUCACAAAUGCAGAGAUCCUAAGGCUGUGCUUCAGGAUGUAAAAUUUCGUGUUGCUUGUAGAGCUAGUGAUAGCCAAAAGCAGUUGUUAUUGAGCUAG